CGCAGAAUUUAAGCAAUGUCAGAGUUGGGGCAACAACAGGCUCUGGCGAGGAGGCCAUCUCGCAGCGCUGCCAUGACUACGUUCUCGACGGAGGUGUUCGACAACGAGGUCGUUCCUUCUUCUCUCGCCUCCAUCGCUCCCAUCCUCCGUGUCGCCACUGAAAUCGAAACUGAGCGCCCUCGCGUUGCCUAUCUCUGUCGAUUCUAUGCGUUUGAAAAGGCGCACAGGUUGGAUCCAAGCUCGAGCGGACGUGGCGUGAGACAGUUCAAGACAGGGCUUCUUCAACGAUUAGAAAGGGACAACGCUUCUAGUCUUGCCUCUCGGGUAAAGAAGACAGAUGCAAGGGAAAUUGAAAGCUUUUAUCAGCAAUACUAUGAACACUAUGUUAGAGCUCUUGACCAGGGGGAACAGGCUGACAGAGCCCAACUGGGAAAAGCUUACCAGACUGCUGGAGUGCUUUUUGAAGUGCUUUGUGCAGUUAAUAAGACUGAGAAAGUUGAAGAAGUUGCUCCUGAGAUUAUUGCGGCUGCCAGAGAUGUACAAGAAAAGACGGAAAUUUAUGCACCAUAUAACAUCCUUCCUUUGGACUCAGCCGGUGCUUCACAGUCUAUCAUGCAGCUUGAAGAGGUUAAGGCUGCUGUGGCCGCACUGUGGAACACUCGUGGCUUGAGCUGGCCCAGUGCUUUCGAGCAACAUAGGCAGAAAGCAGGAGAUUUGGACCUUCUUGAUUGGCUAAGGGCCAUGUUCGGUUUCCAGAGAGACAACGUCAGGAACCAGAGGGAGAAUUUGAUUUUGCUACUUGCAAAUGCUCAUAUAAGGCUUCAUCCCAAGCCUGAACCCCUUAACAAGCUUGAUGAGCGCGCUGUUGAUGCAGUUAUGACCAAGCUCUUCAAGAAUUAUAAAACAUGGUGCAAAUUUUUGGGACGAAAACACAGUUUAAGGCUCCCUCAAGGACAGCUAGAGAUACAGCAGAGGAAGCUAUUAUACAUGGGUUUAUAUCUUCUCAUUUGGGGUGAAGCAGCAAACGUUCGGUUCAUGCCAGAAUGUCUAUGCUAUAUAUUUCAUAAUAUGGCAUACGAACUCCAUGGCCUAUUGGCUGGAAAUGUCAGCAUUGUUACUGGUGAAAACAUUAAGCCUUCUUAUGGUGGGGAUGAUGAGGCUUUCCUGCGGAAGGUUAUUACACCCCUGUACCGUGUAAUUGAGAAGGAAGCUGAGAAAAGCAAAAAUGGAACAGCUCCUCACUCUGCUUGGUGCAAUUAUGAUGAUCUGAAUGAGUAUUUCUGGUCAUCUGAUUGCUUCUCUCUCGGUUGGCCUAUGCGUGAUGAUGGUGAAUUUUUUAAAUCAACACGUGACAUUGUGCAGGGAAGAAAGGCUUCUAGAAGAAAAUCGGGAAGCACAGGAAAAUCAUACUUUGUUGAGACCAGAACAUUUUGGCACAUUUUUCGAAGUUUUGAUAGACUGUGGACCUUUUAUAUACUGGCUCUACAGGCAAUGAUCAUUAUUGCCUGGAAAAAGAUUAAAGUUGAAGAUAUAUUACAAUCGGAAGUCCUACUUGAUCUAUCCACUAUAUUCAUCACGGCAGCCAUUCUUCGCCUCCUUCAAAGUAUUUUGGACCUCAUUUUGAACUUCCCAGGAUAUCAUAGGUGGAAGUUCUCUGCUGUACUAAGAAAUAUUCUCAAGAUAAUUGUUAGUCUUGCAUGGGCCAUUAUUCUUCCAGUCUUUUAUGUCCACUCCUCUAAAUUUGCCCCUCAACAAAUUAAAGAUCUUUUGUCAUUUCUUGGUGAAGUGAAAGGCAUUUCUCCUUUAUACAUCAUGGCUGUUGCCAUCUAUUUGCUCCCGAAUUUACUGACAGCUGCUUUAUUCAUCUUCCCAAUGCUCCGACGUUGGAUUGAGAACUCAGAUUGGCAUAUCAUUAGGUUCCUCUUGUGGUGGUCACAGCCAAGAAGAUAUAUUGGGAGGGGCAUGCAUGAAAGUCAAUUUGCUUUGAUAAAGUAUACUCUUUUCUGGUUCCUACUUCUUUGUUGCAAGUUUGCCUUCAGCUAUUUUAUCCAGAUAAAACCUCUGGUGAAGCCAACACAAGACAUAAUGAGGAUCCGUCGUGUUAACUAUGACUGGCAUGAAUUUUUCCCUAAAGCUGAAAAAAACUACGGAGCAGUCGUGUCACUUUGGGGACCAGUGAUCUUGAUCUAUUUCAUGGACACUCAAAUUUGGUAUGCCAUUUUCUCAACUUUAUAUGGUGGUGUUUUGGGGGCCUUUGAUCGUCUUGGAGAGAUACGAACUCUUGGCAUGGUAAGGUCAAGAUUCCAGUCCUUACCUGGUGCAUUCAACACAUAUCUGGUGCCUUCUGAUAAGUCACAGAAAAGGGGAUUCUCUUUAGCUAAGCGUUUUGCUGAGGUAACGGCAAGCAGGAGAAGUGAAGCUGCCAAAUUUGCUCAGUUAUGGAAUGAAGUAAUAUGUAGUUUCCGUGAGGAAGAUUUACUAAGUGACAGGGAGAUGGAUCUUUUGCUAGUUCCUUAUUCAUCAGAUCCUUCCCUCAAAAUAAUUCAGUGGCCGCCUUUUUUGCUUGCCAGCAAGAUUCCAAUAGCAUUGGAUAUGGCUGCUCAAUUUCGAUCUAGAGACUCUGACCUUUGGAAACGCAUAAGUGCCGAUGAAUAUAUGAAAUGUGCUGUAAUUGAAUGUUAUGAAUCUUUGAAGCAUGUCCUGAAUGCCUUGGUGGUUGGUGAAACUGAGAAAAGGAUAAUGGGCAUCAUCUUUAAAGAAGUUGAAAGUAGUAUUUCAAAGAAUACGCUUCUCUUAAAUUUUAGAAUGGGCUCUUUGCCUACACUUUGUGGCCAAUUUGUGGAGCUUGUGGGGAUCUUGAAAAAUGGUGAUCCAUUGAAGAAAGAUAGAGUGGUGCUGUUGCUGCAAGACAUGUUAGAAGUAGUUACUCGUGAUAUGAUGGUGAAUGAGAUCCGUGAACUGGUAGAAGUUGGUCAUAGUAGCAAGGACUCAGGAAGGCAACUCUUUGCUGGAACUGAUGCAAAACCUGCUAUAUUGUUCCCUCCUGUGGUUACCGCACAAUGGGAAGAGCAGAUAAGACGACUCUAUCUGCUCUUGACGGUGAAGGAAUCUGCUCUUGAUGUACCAACAAAUCUUGAAGCACGUAGAAGGAUUGCAUUUUUUACAAAUUCAUUGUUCAUGGACAUGCCACGUGCCCCACGAGUUCGUAAAAUGCUCUCAUUCAGUGUCUUGACUCCAUACUAUAGUGAGGAAACUGUCUAUUCUAAAGCUGACCUUGAGAUGGAAAAUGAAGAUGGUGUAUCAAUUUUAUAUUAUCUGCAAAAGAUUUUCCCAGAUGAGUGGAAUAACUUCAUGGAGCGAUCAAAUUGCAAAAGAGUUAGUGAGAUCUGGGAAAAUGAAGAGAACAUAUUGCAACUCCGUCAUUGGGUCUCCUUGAGGGGACAAACUCUAUGCAGGACGGUUAGAGGAAUGAUGUAUUAUCGACGGGCUUUGAAGCUUCAGGCUUUUCUUGACAUGGCUUCUGAAAGUGAGAUACUGGAAGGCUACAAAGCUGUCACAAUUCCUUCAGAGGAAGAUAAGAAAAGUCAGAGAUCCCUAUAUGCUCAAUUAGAGGCUGUGGCUGACAUGAAAUUCACAUACGUUGCUACCUGUCAGAACUAUGGAAAUCAGAAACGGAGUGGAGAUCGCCGUGCAACAGACAUUCUUAAUUUGAUGGUUAAUAAUCCCUCUCUUCGUGUGGCUUAUAUUGAUGAAGUUGAAGAGAGAGAAGGUGGAGUACACAAAGUUUACUACUCUGUAUUGGUCAAAGCCGUCGAUAAUCUUGAUCAGGAAAUCUAUCGGAUAAAAUUGCCUGGCUCAGCAAAGAUAGGAGAAGGGAAGCCUGAAAAUCAGAACCAUGCUCUAGUUUUUACUAGAGGGGAAGCUCUUCAGGCUAUUGACAUGAACCAGGACAAUUACUUGGAAGAAGCUCUUAAGAUGCGUAACCUUCUGGAAGAAUUUAAUGAGGAUCAUGGAGUUCGUCCUCCUACAAUUUUGGGUGUUCGUGAGCAUAUCUUUACUGGAAGUGUAUCUUCAUUGGCUUGGUUUAUGUCAAAUCAAGAAACAUCAUUUGUCACCAUAGGUCAAAGAGUUCUUGCAAGACCUUUGAAGAUUCGCUUCCACUAUGGUCAUCCAGAUGUAUUUGAUAGAAUCUUCCACAUCACCCGUGGUGGAAUCAGCAAGGCUUCUCGUGGCAUCAAUCUGAGCGAGGACAUCUUUGCUGGUUUCAAUUCAACCUUAAGACGGGGGAAUAUUACUCACCAUGAGUAUAUCCAAGUGGGAAAGGGUAGAGAUGUCGGGCUCAACCAAAUCUCACUCUUUGAAGCAAAAGUAGCCUGUGGUAAUGGAGAGCAGACACUGAGCAGGGAUGUCUAUCGAUUAGGGCAUCGUUUUGACUUUUUCCGCAUGUUGUCGUUUCAUUUUACGACAGUGGGAUUUUAUGUCAGCUCAAUGAUGGUUGUAAUUACAGUUUAUGUUUUCCUAUACGGAAGACUUUACUUGUCAUUGAGUGGACUGGAGAAGGCAAUAGUUAAGUUUGCCACGAACAAGGGAGAUGAAGCUCUAAAGGCAGCCAUGGCUUCACAAUCCCUUGUUCAAAUAGGUCUUUUGAUGGCCUUGCCCAUGUUCAUGGAAAUGGGACUGGAGAGAGGGUUCAGAACGGCAACAGGUGACAUGAUUAUCAUGCAGCUGCAGCUGGCUGCAGUUUUCUUCACUUUCUCACUUGGAACAAAAGUCCAUUAUUUUGGGAGAACUAUCCUGCAUGGUGGGGCAAAGUAUAGGGCAACCGGGCGUGGUUUUGUGGUUCGGCAUGAGAAAUUUGCUGAGAACUACAGGAUGUACUCAAGGAGUCACUUUGUGAAAGGGCUGGAGCUUAUGGUCCUGCUUAUAACUUAUAGGGUUUAUGGUUCAGCAGCUACUGAUUCUGGAACUUAUAUCUUCUUCACCAUUUCAAUGUGGUUCUUAGUGGUUUCUUGGUUGUUUGCUCCUUUUAUUUUCAACCCUUCGGGCUUUGAAUGGCAGAAGAUAGUGGAUGAUUGGGAUGAUUGGACAAAGUGGACAAGCAGCCGAGGUGGUAUUGGUGUUCCAGCAAUCAAGAGCUGGGAAUCCUGGUGGGAUGAGGAACAGGAACACCUACAGCACACUGGAUUUUUAGGACGGUUCUGGGAGAUUGUUCUUUCUCUCCGCUUCUUUCUCUAUCAGUAUGGAAUUAUAUAUCGUCUGCAUGCAACAGAUGGAAACAAGAGCAUCAUAAUUUAUGGUAUGUCUUGGCUGGUCAUUGUAGCUGUCAUGAUCAUCUUAAAGGUUGUCUCCUUGGGUAGGAAGAAGUUCAGUGCAGAUUUCCAGCUGAUGUUCCGUAUUCUGAAGUUAUUACUUUUUAUUGGAACCGUAAUCACUAUUGUUGUGCUAUUUGUUGUGCUUAAACUCACCGUUGGAGACAUCUUUGCUAGCCUGCUGGCCUUCUUGCCAACAGGAUGGGCACUACUGCAGAUAUCUCAAGCAUGCAAACCAUUGGUGAAGGCCCUUGGCAUGUGGGGAUCUGUCAAAGCUUUAGCAAGAGGUUAUGAAUACAUUAUGGGGUUGGUAAUCUUUGUACCUGUGGCUGUACUGGCCUGGUUCCCAUUUGUUUCAGAGUUCCAGACCAGGCUGCUAUUUAACCAAGCUUUCAGCCGAGGGCUUCAGAUUCAACGAAUUUUGGCUGGUGGCAAGAAGAACAAGUAAAACCACCCACGCAGCAUGGUCUUUGCAAGAGAGAGAGAGAGUUCAGGAGGAGAGAGAAGGGCUAAGGAGGGAUUAAGUCAUAAAAGAGAGACAUCAGCCAAUGAAAACAUGACAUGCUUAUCUAGUUUAAUAUCUUGAUCUCGUCACGCUCCAAAGUCCUCUUUGCAGCUUACUGAAAAUAUCAGGUUUUCGAACUCCUCUUUGCAGCUUACUGAAAAUAUCAGCUUUUUGGUCUUUGUGAGUUCCUCGGAAUUGGAAAUCAUUGCUUCAAUCCAAUGUUUAGAUACUUGUUUCUUAUAUGUGUAUUAUAGGCAAUGUGCUAGUAAAAUGUAUACCCUGUUGAUAUCAUCCUUACUUUAUCCAUCUAUAUACUAAUGAAAGCAUUAGAUUUUUUA